AGCAGCAUUGACAGUAUAUAUAAGGUUAGGGGUUAUAAGGGUAGCAGGGAGGACCUAAAGGUGCACAGUCGGUUUAAAUAUCAUCACAGCAACCUCUGGGUCAGACGUCUCUCCUGCUCUGAAGGAAGCAGCUUCAUUCCCACCACUCCAAUGGCUGACAACAUCAUCCCAAGCUUUAAGGCCUCGGACCUGGUUAUCCAGCUGUCCUCCUCUCUAAAGAGAAAACCGGAUGAGUUCGACUACGGGGCUGUCUUCACUGACCACAUGCUGACCAUAGAAUGGAGUGAGAGUGAGGGCUGGCAGGCUCCAGUCAUCAAGCCCUUUGAGAACCUGUCACUCCACCCAGCCUGUUCGUCACUACACUACAGUGUACAGCUCUUUGAGGGAAUGAAGGCAUACCGUGGUGAUGACAACCAGCUGCGUCUCUUCAGACCGACGCUCAACAUGAGCCGCAUGUCCAACUCUGCCAAGAGAGCUUGUCUACCUGCCUUUGAUCAGUCAGAGUUUCUGCAGUGUAUCAGACAACUGGUAGAGGUUGAACAGGAAUGGGUUCCUCGCUCCGACUCUGUUAGUCUGUACAUCAGACCAACAUUUAUUGGCACUGAGCCCUCUCUGGCUAUAAUGAAGCCCGGCCAUGCCUUGCUGUAUGUGAUCCUGUGUCAAGUGUGCCCUUACUUCAACACCGAGACACAGGCCGUGUCCUUAUGGGCUGACCCAAAGUUCACACGGGCCUGGAAAGGAGGAACUGGAGACUGCAAGAUGGGAGGGAACUACGGAGGUGCUUUGUUUGCCCAGUAUGAAGCGCAGGAUUAUGGGUGUCAGCAGGUGCUGUGGCUUUAUGGAGAGGACCACCAGAUCACUGAGGCAGGAACCAUGAACAUCUUCCUGUACUGGAUCAACGAGGAUGGGGAGGAGGAACUUGCAACUCCACCUCUGGAUGGUAUCAUACUCCCAGGAAUAACCCGACAGAGUGUCCUGGAAUUAACCAGGAAAUGGGGUGAGUUUGAGGUGAAAGAGCGCUACCUGACCAUGGCCCAGCUGUGCUCUGCUAUAAAGCAACAGCGGGUCAAAGAGAUGUUUGGCUCCGGUACUGCCUGCAUGAUCUGCCCCAUAGGAGACAUUGUUUACCAGGGAGAGAACUUGCACAUCCCCAGUCAGGAUAAAAACUCACAGCUGACUUCACGGAUUGCAAAAGAACUCUCAGAUAUACAGUAUGGACGCACACCCAGCGAAUGGACCUACCUGGUGUAGCAGUGAUGAAGAAGCCUAGAACACACACACACACACACACAUGCACACACAACAACCAGUGUGCACACAAGAAGGAUAUUCUGCAAUGCAACAGCCAAAAACAUACUGACACAGACAUACUGUAAAUGUAUAUUCGUGCAAUAUUUGUGGUCUAACUGCAAUAUGCUGGAGAACAGUUCUGCGGGGAGAUAGCACUUUAGCUCCUUUUAAACUUAAAUUAAUGACAAACACACAACUGUCCAAAAUAAUUAACAAAAGUAGGCUAAUGUCUCAUGCAAUACUGCACAAUAACUUACAGUAACCCAGCCACUGUGGCUCGUUCUGCUGCUUCCCAUCUCCUUUUCCAACAAAUAUCCAGGAUACAGCUGUGGCUUUGAUAAAACAUAUGUGAGAUGUUACAAACAUAAUAUGUAUGAGUUACAGAGAAUUUCAUACUACUUGUGUAAGAGUUACAAAUCAGCUACAAGGGGACUUGAGUUUUAUGGUGAGGUACAGGUUAGAAAGGUGGAUAAAAAAGAGUUUUAUACUAUUAUAUCAUAGCCUUUACAGCUCCAUUAAACACAUGAAGAGUUAACAUAUAUAUAUCUAAGGAAUUGCAGCCAUUACCUUUAUGUAAGAACAUCAAACAAAUUUGAAGUCAUACUGGACUAAUAGUUUUCAUCAGUCCUUUUUGUGUUGUGUUUGUGUGAGUGGAUUCUUGUCAGUGUUCUGUCUGUCGCUUACUGUAAAUGUAGGGCAAUAAAUGUUCUGCUGACCAUUGUACAUUUGCACUCAAUUAAAUGGACCUCUGGUAUUGUAA